UUCCGUAAAAACGAAAGCGAAAUUGUCUGUUUCUAUUAAUGGAAUUUGUUUUUGCCAGUUAUAUCCAGUACAUCAAGUAGUUCAAGCUGCAGAUGUAAAAAAAAAAAUGCACUUGUUACCAACAAACCUGGCUACAAGUGUCAGCUUUGUCCUGAUCAUACUGCAUCUCAGUGUGUCUUACAGUAUGGAAGUGCGUGUGUCCGUGGGAUCCACAGCAAUUCUGCCGUGCUACAGUCAUGUUGACCAACAACUUAACAGUAACAAUAUUCAUAUGCAGUGGAAGAAAGGAGAUACAAUAGUUCUGGACUUUCAUGAUGGCAAAAUGGAUCGUGAUUUAGAGUACAGUUUCAGGACAACAGUGGAAGUUGAGUCUGUUCCUAAGGGGGAUUUUUCUCUCAGCAUAACAGAUACAAAGACCACAGACAGUGGUGUGUACAAGUGCCUGGACUAUUACCGUGGAAUUCUUAGUUCAAUCAUUCUGGAUGUGUAUGAAGAGAAAAUUUUAAAACUUCACCGGUAUGCUGGAGAUUCCCUGACUAUUCUUAUUCCACCUGAGGAAGUUCAAAUCAAGUUUAUCAACAGUGACUCACCACAGUGGCUUUGCUCUCUCUUUUUGGACUGGGCAGUUUGCAAAACAGACAGCUAUGGAAGGUUUAAAUAUAAGAAUGGACUUUUAACUAUGGAGCACCUUACAAAGGAUGAUGAAGGGAGAUACACAGUGACAAAGGCUCUUGGGAAUAGGAUAAUAAAAGAAGUGUAUGUUCAAAUCUCAAGCAGUCCUCCCAAAGUGAUGUAUAUCUGUUGGACUAUUUUGUGUCUGAUUCUGGUGGUUUGGAUUUACAUUCAAAGACGUAAAAGAUUGACGAGAUUCUACAGAUGAAAAUGAAAUGCUGAAAUGUUACACUAUGUGGAACUUUUGUGUAAAUAUAUUA